CUUGAAACUAUUUGACCAAUCAAAAUGACUGAUUUAUUGAGUGUAGGUGUUAUCCAGAAAUUAUUUGAAAUUUACUAUUCUUAAAAUAUUCACAUAUUCACCAAUGUAGUAACUGUCACAUUUCAUAAUUGGGGAUUAGUUUUUUCGUUGAACUAAAAGAAGUUUAUUUUAUUCAGUUGAUUAUUGUGUAAUAAUGAUAUAAAUGAAUAAGGUUUAGAAAAGAAUGAAAAGAAUCAUACACUUUGUUAGAUUCUCAAUUGUUCUACAAGAAAUCUAUUCACAAUAAAGAAAAUAAAUAAAUAGACGAGUUCUUUUUGUUGUUGCUAACUAUCACCUCAACAAAAAAGUAAGGAGAGUCAAUUAAUUUAAUCAUGAAAUUUAAAUUUACUCUCCUUACAUCAUGGACACUAUUACCAACGUCCAUACCAAAUACUGAUUGUGAAGAUAAUGAAGCAAUAUUAUUUGCACAAUACUUAACUGAAUAUACAGAGAAUAAAUAUGGUUUAAAUGUAUUUUGGCCAAGACAACGUGGUGAAGCAUUUUUGCAUAAUUCAUUCAAUUCAUUUGAAGAGAGAUUUUUAACACAUUCUGAAUAUGCAUUACUCAUUGUAUCUGGUCAAAAUGCAUCAUGUUUAAAUUGUAUUUAUCCAAGAUUUCUUGUAUUUUUAACAGCUAAAAAAUCAUGGACUGAAAGAAUUUUAAUAAUUUUUUUAAAACAACCAACAUAUUUAGUAAAUUUCGAUUUAAGUUUAUUAAAACAUCCACCAAUUUUAUUCAAUGAUGAUUCAACUAAUCAGUGGAUUCAUGACCAAGAAUCAUGGAUGAAAGUAGCAGAACUAAUAAAAAGCUACCCCGUUUGUAUGACAGCGGUAGUAAGAAGCCAAGUACUGGUGGCGUUGGGGCAAUUUAUUUCAGGUAUUCGUUUAUCCAGAUACAGAAUCAGAAUGAGACGCGGUAAAGAGAAGAGGAGAGAGAGAAGCAAAAUGAAAUGACGCGCGGUGGAGAAGGCGAGUGAGCCAAUUCGAUUUAACCAACAGUGACUCAAUAUUUAUAGUCAGACCAAAACGACGUUACAGACAUGAUGAAUGAGAAUAUAAUUCCAAUUCCAAGGUUGGACUUUUCCCUCUAGUUACCGGGGCUGGGACG